AAAUCAACAAAUUAGAAUUAAAAAAGAAAGAAAGAAAGACCAAAAAAACGCAGAUAAAUUGAGCGGGCUUUCGCUAGGGUUUUCACAGAACAAAACCUCACUCGCUAUCUCUUCUUCUUCUUCGAGUUUUUCCCCUGCGAUUUACUAUUCUCAUUUGUCACCACCAUUGCGGUUUUGAGCGAGCAGACGCAUUACUCCGUGCACUAAACAGCACCGUUUGCUUUCCCUAGAACCUAUAAUACACAACUGGACUCAGGUUCUGUUUCCUUUUGAAAUUCUUUUGAUGAUCAUGUAAUCCGAAGUCCGAGAAAGUACACACUUGAUUCUACAUGUUUUACUGAACACAACAAUUUGGAAUAGCCUGUUAUCUGAGUAUGGUAGAAGCAGAAAAAGUUGACUGCAUUGAAUUCAAGUGGUGUAAAAAGAGAGGAGUUGGUGGGAAAAAGAAAGAUGUACAGUUUUAUGAAUCUUUCUUUUAUGAUGGUGUGGACUAUACUCUUUACGAUUCUGUUUAUAUGUACAAGGAAGGUGAGCCAGAGCCAUAUAUUGGUAAGCUCAUAAAGAUAUGGGAGAAUGCUGACAAGACAAAGAAAGUGAAGGUUCUAUGGUUUUUCCGUCCUCGUGAGAUUUCAAAUUAUCUUGGAGAUGAGAAGACUCUCAAGAAUGAAUUGUUUUUGGCCUCUGGUGAAGGUGUAGGCAACGCAAAUGUUAAUCCUUUGGAAGCAAUUGCUGGAAAAUGCAAUGUGGUAUGCAGUUCAAAGGAUAGUAGAAAUCCACUACCAUCAGAUGAAGAACUUCAAGAGGCUGACUUUGUAUUUUACCGUGCAUUUGAUGUUGGGAACUGUAGGAUCUUGGAUAAGAUAGAUGAAAAAAUUGCUGGGAUUGAAGUGAAGUUCUUAUUGAACAGAGUUGGUAAUCAGAAUUCCAGUGGUGUUCCAAAACUUGAUUCGAACAAGAAAGAAGUCAGUGGAAAUGCUGUGGUUACUGAUGACACAAGGAUUUUGGCCAAGAAAGAAUCUUAUCUUGGAGAGAAAGCUGCUUCUAGUUCAGGUGUACAGUUUGAUGAAGUAGCUAAAACCAAUGAAAGGCAGGUUUUAGUUGAAGAGAAAUUGAAAGUUGCCAAGGCUUCUGGUGACUUGGAUGACAGAUCAUGUAAGAAAGCAAAGCUUGAUGACUCGGCAAAAGCAUCUUAUGAUAACAAGGUGAAAAGCACACAGAAAUUAAGACAUGAUUCCAAUGACAGUAGUUCCAAGGCUGUGGCUCAAAUAACCCCUGCUGCUGAAGAUAAAUCAAGGCCUAACCUUACUAAAGAUCCCCAGGAGACCAACAAUGCACUUUCCGAGAAGCCAAAGCCUGAUGAGAAGCUAGCUAAUGGCAAGUUUCCUGAAGCAUCUCUAAGACAGCCUUCAGAGGAGGGCAGUAAAACUACCUAUAAAAUACAGGAACCCACUCGAAGGCCAGCAACUGAUAGAAGCAAGUGGUUUCGGGGACUUCCAUGGGAAGAAACAAUGCAAACUGCUCAUGAGCAAGGAACUCUUGUCCUGCUACAGAAUUUGGAUCCGUCUUAUACUUCAGCAGAAGUAGAGGAUCUCAUUUGGCAAGCCUUCAAGCAAAGUUGCACUGCGAAGAUGAUUCAAAGGACUGCACAUUCCAGCCCUCACUCUGUUGUUUAUGCUCUAGGUCAGGCUUUUGUUAUAUUCCAAAAAAGGGAAGUAGCUGAGAUGGCAGUUGCAAAAUUAGACGAAGUUUGCUUAAUGCUAUCAAAUGGGAGGCCUCUGGUUGGUAGCAUUGCUGCUCCUUGUUUCCCAGGAAAGCAGUCAACCUUUUUUGGUCAUCUCACUAUCAAUAAACUUAGAAUCCACAUGCAGCGUGAGAUGAAAGAAGCAGUAUCUACUUCACAUUGUUCUCAGCCCAAUACACUUGAGUAUGAUAUGGCAAUGGAAUGGUGCCUACUGCAAGAUAGAUCAGAUCUGGCUUUGAGAAAGCUACGCCAGCAACAAGAGCAAGAGUUGAGAAAACUUAGGGCUACAUUGAAGUCUAAAUGAGCUGUGAUGUCUCAGUUUAUUGGCACUUCUUGACACAUUUUUCAGAGAAAAGGGCAGGCUAAAAAAAUUGUUUGUUUUGGAAUGGAUGGAAUGCAUGUGGAAAGCCGGAACUCCACUAGUUAGAUAACAAGGCACUACUUUUGUCGUGCGCCAGUAAAUGUGUUGGAUCAGUUUCGGGCAUUGUUGGAACAUGGAAAUCAGGUCCCAUUCACAACUACUACUGAGCUGGCUGGUUCACCUGAUUUACAUAUGACUGAUGUAAAUGUUACCUUUACCAGCUUGGAGUUUUGUAAGUUACCUCGGUAACUUUUUUGCUCCAGUGGCUGGAUUACAUCAGCCAUCAGGUGGUAAUUCUUCCUCCCAGUCUCUCUUAUCAUGCAUGAGUGCCAUUUUAUGUUUGGUCUCUUGGUCCAUCACCUAGCGACUUGAUGAUCAAACUAAUUGCCAUCUGAAAUUCCUGUCUGUUUUCUUCC